CUAUUGAAAUUCUUCUCCCUCCGCACAUCCUGUGUGACCGCGGACCGGUGUCUCACGUUGGGAUGCCAUGUAAUUGUUUGGGUGGCGUUCUUCUCUCCUGGACGGGUCUACAGACUAAUCAUCUCUGAAGGGACUUACAAUGGAGAACCUUCCGAUCGUUUCCAUUGUGUUGUGUGUAUCAGGGCUCUUCGGAUUCGGAUUGGUAGAGGGCCCCACCGGAGGAGGGAACGUCACAGUCACAUGUACCAAUGAGAGCGACUCUGACAACCAAAUCCAGUUAUUGUGCAACUUGGAGACGUUCCUCUGCUCAUCGAUGGGCGCCAACCAAGAGAAAUUCACCAUUGACCCGCCUUCCGUCCAACUACCGGGCAAAGUGUUCAGGGCAAGAGGGGGAGGAGCCAAUUACAGCUGUCAGAAUGAAGAUUGGGUCACCGUGUCCACCGUCUUCUCCACUGUGCCGGAUCCAAAUGCCACAACCGUGCCAGCCUCUCCCCCGGGUACAAUUUACUGGAGCAAACCACCAACCGAACCCAAAGAAGACCUAGAAAGUGGUGUGCCGAAGGAAAAGAGGAAAGACGAGCAGAAAGCAACACAUAGUAAUAGAAACGGUAAUAAAAAAACUAAAAACUGUGAUAAAAACCCCAAUAAGAAAGGAUGUCCAAACGAAGGCAGCCGUGCCGGUGAAGAAGGCGUUGGGGAAGGUCGUAAAAGAGAAGACGGUAAUCGUGAAGCCGGAGAAGGUGACGGAAAGGACCUCGAUAAGCGACCUAACAAUGGCAACGCACCGUUGUACACCGCCAUCACCACCUUCGCCGUCAUCGCCGCCCUCACAGUGGUUCUGCUCCUCCUGGCCGCCUUCUGCCUCCAUCUAUGGAAAAAGAGAAUAGAACAAAGUACCUCGAAGGCAGGGGGCGCCAGUGCUCAGAAAUUACAGGAGGGAGACUGUGAGAAGAAGGGGGUCACAGUGAAUGCUGAAGCCACAAAUUCAGGGAACCCAGUACUUCCUCCCGUGUACAAUCCAACCGGUCACAUCUAUCAGGAAAUAGCAGACACACCGCAGAAUUCGGCUGAGGACCGGCACAAUCCUCUCUACGUACCUUCUCAGUAGCAGCAGUUGGGGUCACAAGGUCAGCCUCCAUCCAAUGGACAAUACAGCAGCCUCCUCCAAUUACCAGUCUAGCAGUGAUGGCAGUGCGGAGAAGAAAGUAGAAGAGUUUGUUUUAUUUAGAAUAAAGAUUUCUUUUUUUU